UCAACAUUCAAUUCAGUCAACGCGAGAAAUUGAAGUGCGAAGGAUCAGUUGCAGAGUGGAGUGAUUUAAACGAAAUGCAAUUUGAAGUGAAUUAAACGAAGCGGUUGCUGUUUAAAGGGCGAAAACUUAGUAGUUGUGGAGUGUUAAAUUAGUGAGUUGGUCGAGAAUUAUUUAUUAAAAAAAAAAAUAAAAACAAACAAAUUCAAUAAGCGAAAAGUUUAAAGUGUUUUAAAAAUAUUUUAUUUAAAUAAAACAAAACUUUUUAGAGACUGAGUAUGGAAUUGUGAAGUGUCAAGAAUUAAACAACAUCAAAACACAACUGCAAACUCACGAAAAAAAGACGCAAUAUAAAUAAUUGAAAAAAAAAAACACAAAGAAUAUAUAAAAACAAAAACACAUUGCAAGUCGCAAAAUGCAUAUGCAAAACCACCCAGUUGACCGUCAACGCCAUUUCGUUGGCCUUUAUUUGUUGUCGUUGUUGGUUUUCUUGCCGGCAUUGCUCAAUCGUCAAAAUCACGUGGCUGCCGUCGUAACAGCAAUCAACUCGGAAGCAACGGGUACAAACGAACAACAAACAACAGCACAACUCACGCAACAACAACAAUUGCCGGCGCAAGCGGAACAGAAACCAAGCGAACAACAGCCGAGGCAACAACAACAAAACACAAAUAACACAAAGCCAAAUAUAAUAAUCAUUUUAAUUGACGAUAUGGGCUUCAACGAUGUCAGCUUUCAUGGCUCAAAUCAGAUAUUAACACCGAAUAUUGAUGCGCUCGCCUACAACGGCAUCAUACUGAAUCGUCACUAUGUGCCAAAUUUAUGUACACCCUCGCGUGCGACGCUACUCACGGGCAAAUAUCCAAUACAUACAGGUAUGCAACACUCUGUCAUCAUUAACGACCAACCAUGGGGCUUGCCAUUGGGUGAGCGUUUACUGCCUGAAAUACUACGCGAUGCCGGUUAUGCCACAAAUUUAAUUGGUAAAUGGCAUUUGGGUUUCUGGCGCAAGGAGUUGACGCCGACAAUGCGCGGCUUCGAUCAUCAUUUUGGUUACUAUUCGGGCUAUAUUGAUUACUACAAUCACACCAUGCAUAUGUUGGAUCGCAAUUACUCAGCGGGUUUAGACUUUCGUCGCGACUUAUCGCCAUGGCCUGAAGCGGAUGGUCUUUAUGCCACCGACAUUUUCACUCAGGAAGCGGAACGUGUUAUCUAUCAGCAUGAUGCGGCGGUAAAGCCUUUGUUUCUGCUAAUGAGCCACUUGGCCGUACACACAGGUAACGAGAAUAAUCCAAUGCAAGCGCCAGAGGAGGAGGUGGAGAAAUUUUCGCAUAUCAGCGAUGCGAAGAGACGCACGUAUGCAGGUAUGGUCUCCCGCUUGGACGACAGUGUUGGGCGCGUUAUGAGAGCACUCUCCAACAAAGGUAUGCUCAACAAUUCCAUAGUGUUGCUGUACUCAGACAAUGGAGCGCCCACUGUGGGCAUACAUUCGAAUGCGGGCUCCAAUUAUCCCUUCCGUGGUCAAAAGGAAUCACCAUGGGAGGGCGGCUUACGCUCAGCCGGUCUUAUUUGGAGUCCACUGCUGCAGCAGCAGAGUUACGUCUCCAAUCAAGUGGUGCAUGCCAUCGAUUGGUUGCCUACCUUAGCAAGCGCUGCCGGCAUAACACUGCCACCGAAAUUGCAGCUGGACGGUGUUGAUUUGUGGCGUGUGUUAAGUGAGAAUGAUACGCCACAGCCACGACGUCUGAUACACGUGCUGGACGAAAGUGUCGGCUAUAGUGCGUAUACACGUGGUGUGCUCAAGUAUGUGAACGGCACGAGCUUUAAUGGUCUCUACGACGAUUGGUUGGGUGAGCUGCCUGCGAGCGAAGAAGAUCCCACAACGCAAUAUUACGUGCAGCAGGUACUCUCCUCUGAGGUGCAUCACAUCUUAGGCAAUGAAGCGCUCAGCAUAGAACAAGUGGAAAGUUUGCGUGCACAGGCAACACAUCGCUGUCCUGAUAAUACGGAGGACUACACACAGGAUGUGUAUCGUUGUGAACCACUGCGGGAGCCAUGUUUCUUCGACAUCGAAAAAGAUCCCUGCGAACGUUACAAUCUGGCUAAACUCUACCCACUGCAGGUGCAGCUACUCGCGCAGGAGGUGGAGCAAUUCAGACAGGGCGCUGUGGAGAGUGCACAGCGGUCGUUUAGUGAUCCGCGUUGCGAUCCGGCGCUGCAUGGCGGCGUUUGGCAAUGGUGGGAUGAAACGUCGGCGGCCGAUGGCCAGUGGGGCGUGCGCUUAAGUAGCGCUCUGUUGACGACGACGGCUUUUAAUGUGGUUGCGAUUGCAUGGCGUGGCCUGCAAGUCGAGUUCUGAUAAAUUUAGAAGCCGUACUUCUAAUUUUCGAAAAUUUAUAUUGCAUUUAAUAUUUUUUAUCAAUUUUUAUUAAUUAAUACUUUUUUUAUAAGAAAAUUGUAUUAUAAUCUUUAAGCUAUUUAAAACUGGCCAUUAGUGUUU